CCGUUGACUGGCCAUGGGUACGCAGUCCAGGUUGAAGAGCCCCCCCCCCAACCCCUUGAAAGACAAUAAUGUCUCAGCCACGGUGACUAAACUAUUGCUUGACUGUGUAGUCUUACAGCUUAAAACACAGACAGGCUUUAGUUCUGUGUUCUAAACAGUGACAGAUUCUCGUUAAGUCGACAACAUUUCGAUCAAAGUGUUUAUUUCGCUAUCUUCUUGGAUUAUUGUUUUUUGGAAUUUGCCAGUCUUACAACGCUGGAUCGAUUCAAGGAUACCAGACAGUUACUUUGACCAGCGGCUGUGUAAAAAUCUGGCGGAUUUUAAAGUCUUUCUUGUCACUAGCAACCAGGAAGUAAUAAUCAAUCAAUCAGUCAAUCAAUUAUUAGAUCAGAGGUGAGAUCGAUGGCAGAGAUAUUUUGAAUACGUGAACUUAAAAUAGAGUGUCCACGUCAUAGCCGAUCGAUAAACAUCAGAACUUCAUCGAAGUGCUUUCUUAUUUAAUAUCGAAUCAAGUCAUUCUGUGUGACCAAAGUAUUCUUUGCAGCUUUCAAUACACUCUUCUACUUCUACUGAGUGUUAUUUUCAAAAUAUAAGUGGACGAUCAAAAGUAAUAUAAUAUUCUAAUGUAAUAACACCACCAGGUAGUCUUCCAAAUUUUGUUAUCACAAUAUUAGAACUCUUCAGAAUUUGAUAUCACAAUAACAGAACUCUUCAGAGUUUGAUAUCACAAUAAUAGAACUCUUAAGAGUUUGAUAUCACAAUAAUAGAACUCUUCAAAGUUUGAUAUCACAAUAAUAGAACUCUUCAAAAUUUGAUAUCACAAUAAUAGAACUCUUCAAAAUUUGAUAUCACAAUAAUAGAACUCUUCAAAAUUUGAUAUCACAAUAAUAGAACUCUUCAAAGUUUGAUAUCACAAUAAUAGAACUCUUCAAAGUUUGAUAUCACAAUAAUAGAACUCUUCAAAGUUUGAUCGUAACAACCAAAACACUCUUCGAAAUUUGAUAGCUCGACCAUAGAACUCUUCAAAAUUUGACAUCAAGAUCAAAGAGUUAUUCAAAUAUUCAUAUCCCGACAAAAUAUUUAUCUGUUUACCUACAACAAAAGUAAGAUGGAUAUCUUAUACUUAUACCAUGACUAAAAAUCUUUUCACCUGAGAUCAUGACUUAAGAACAUCUUCCAAAUCUGUGAUGAUGGCUCAAGUUUUCUAGGAUAGAACAAUCAAAGAACUCUUCAAAAUCUGAUAGCACAACCCAAAAGUAUUCCAAAAAUCAAGAUAUCACGAACGACAAAUGAUAUCAAUUACUGAUAUCUGUAUAAAAGAAAUAUUUAAUAUUUGAUAUUUCAGAAAAAAAAAAACAACUUCAAAAUUUGAUAUGAUGACCUUAGAAAUUUUGAUAAUCUGAUUGGAUAACAGCUGCGCAUUUUCACUUAUUUGCUACAACGGAAACGUCAAACUUCAGGAAACUGAAUUCUGGGCUCGCUAUGUCUUUGGAUGUGCGUGGAUUAUGGUCACUGAAGCUGGCUACAAAAGUUCUCCCUCUUGCUGUCAUUCUUUUGCAAGUUUUUCACUUUGGUUUUGGAUCCAAUAAAACAGUACACGUAAAUUACUCAAGCGGUCACUUCAGCGUCAGUCAACUGCCGGAUGACCUGGACGUGACCAUCAGUGUCCAGAACAGCACCUGGGCAGUCCUUCACCUGAGACGUGUUCCCCACAUCACGCUGGACAUCCCCAUGUACACACUCGGAGUCGACGCCUCUGGCAAGCCGGUCCAGACCAAAGUUGACCUGGAGGAAAAAACGAUUGUUGGUUAUUAUCAAGAUCUGACCCGUGAAGCCGUCAUUCAAAUCACCAGAACUAAUGACAUCAAAGAAACGUCAGCACAGUACAAAAUUGAAGGAGUCCUUGAAGUAGCUGGUUUGAGGCAUUCAAUACUACCUGACGACCACGCUCGCUACAGGAGAGACCUGACUUCUGCCAACUCUUCUUCAGAAGACGACUUGUACAUCUUAGAAGUGGUGGAUCAACCCUCCACAGGAACCCUCUCAGACUAUUUAGAUCCACCGCCUAACAUUGAAGUCUCCAAACGAGAAGAUCCUCUAAGCUCAGCUCUAGGUUCAGCUCAGGGUCCGUCCACAACGCUUUCGCCUUCUGACAUCACUCAGCAGGAAGGGGAAGCAACUUCUACUCUUUCCGAAACAAGCUCCAAGAGUAGCCGGCAGAGAAGAGAAGCUCCACUGGAUAUCUUCCUCGACAUUGUGGCUGUCACAGACUUUGCCGUCUACAACCGAUACCUUACAGCUGCCAGGGGGGAUAAGAACCAGGCGUUAUCUGAUCUACGGAUGUGGUAUGCCUUUGUCUUCAAUGGAAUUGAUCUUCGCUAUCAAGGUAUCCACUCGUCGGAAUAUAACAUUAAUGUCAGACUAGUCAAGCUGAUACUGUCAGAGACUGCGGCGGAUGCCCCGUUCACGGAGCCCUUCAAAACUCCGGGCAGCCAUUGGGAUACUCUAAGUGCCCCAAGUGCCCUGGAAGGCAUCGCCGAGUUCGCCAAAAAGCAUGAUCUGCUUCGGUCAGACCACGUGAUGCUGAUGACGGGAUACGACCUCACAACUGCAGGAUCCACGACAACUACAGGUCUUGCUUACACGGCCACGCUGUGUGCUGGUAAUGAGAUGCAGUUUUCUGUCGUGGAAGACCUCGGCGGUUAUCAAACUGUUGAAACAGCAGCUCAUGAGCUUGGCCACGGUCUAGGGGCAAGGCACGACGGGGACGGAAACAGCUGCCCAUCAACUGACCGCUACAUCAUGGCCGGAAGCAGCUACGCCGUGACCGACUCCAACAGGUUGAACCCAUGGCGCUUCUCUCAAUGCAGCAUUCAGGCCAUGACCAGCCACAUCAAAACCAACCUGGUUAAACCCAAUGGCAAAAGGUGUCUCAUCCAAAGCGAGGCCAUCGUGUCCAGUCUGCCAGAUGUAAGCCAGUACAUGCCCGGGGAGGUGUACUCCCCUGACCAGCAAUGUCGCAAUCAAUACGGAAACGAGUCUCGUUACUGCAGGGGCACCGAGUUUGGUAACGUGAGCACUAUCUGUACUUCCAUGUUCUGCUACGAUCCUGUCACAGGGAGCAAAGGAAUCUGUUUCGAGGAAAAGGCCGCCCAGGGGACAACCUGCGGGAGUGAAAAGCAAUGUAUUGAUGGGGCCUGUGUCUAUGUACCAAAUUCUCCGCAAGUUGAUGAAACAUGCGCGUACGGAGACCAGCCUGGUGUCGCCUUCAAUGGCAAAACUUGCCGCCAGUUUGUUUCAGGUCACCCUGGCUACUGCUACCAGACAGUGGUCAGAACACGCUGUUGUGCGUCAUGCCAGGACUUCUACAGACCUUUCAAAGAUUGUGAAUACGGCAACAAAUAUCCGUAUUGUACCAACGACAGCUGCAACUCGUCAAAAGGCGAAGCCGACAACUGCUGUGAGACUUGCAACAUCGGUGAACCACUCAAUGUGAGCUCCUCAACCAGCGAGCGACCUCCUUCCAGUGAGGGGACAACGCCAGCUCCCAAGCCCAAGACGGAGAUCUCUGGGCAGUGCGCGGACAACCCUGGCGUCUUGGUCAACAACAUGUCCUGCACGACUGCAUCCAUUAUGAACCCAGAGUACUGCUACCAGGAGAAGAUGGUGAUGAACUGCUGUGCCUCAUGCAGAAGAGCAAACUCUGGAAUAAUAGGGUGUGAGUACGGCGACAAAAAUCCAGUGGCCUGCAAGAGCUCCAAAUGUGCUGGCCUGGCUGUAGACUGCUGUUACACUUGCGGGAGUAGGAACUCAAGUCCACUGAUUCAUUGUCAUAUCUUCCUGCUAGCGGUUCUCUCUUUACUGACCAUCUCAGGAGCACUGGUUAUAUCACAGUAGACUCAUUUAGAUCGUAGAAUCAACCGCCUCCAGGAAGUUGUCUAGCUUUCUUUAAAUCCAUAAAUGAGAUGAUUUUUUGACAUAUUUUGGUAUGCAUGUAUGUUCCAUGCUACUAAAUGCCUUCACGUGACCAAAUGCUGUCACAUGACCGAUUGCUGUCACAUGACCAAAUGUGUGUCAAAAGAUUUGAUAUUGGGAAUGUAUGAAGCCUGUUAUUGAUAUGAAGAUACGUCACUAAUUGCAUUGGAUGCGUUAUUGCUACGGAAGCGCAAGUAAUAUUUAUUUCCUUUUAUUUUCCAUGCUGGAAACCUCAUAAGUUCACUCACACAAUGUUCACAUCCUUGCUCCCAAAACUGGUCAUAACAGAAGCAUUUAUGAUGUAAAACUUGUUAUGUAUCUCCAGCUGUCCAGUGUAAUUAUUUGCCGUUGAUUAAGAUACGAUUGUCAUUGUAAGGUGGGUUUAAACCAAGAAUGUUACGAAUAUUCUAUAAUAUCUGUAAAAAGCAAUGAAAGCUAUACUUGAGAUCAGAGAGGAAGAUUUUUUAAUGUUUGACUCUCCACAAUUGUUUUCUGAUAGAAUAAAACAGAUACCAAAAAUACAGUUAUUAAGGAAAAGAAGAGCAAUCGAUGUGGAGAAAUGUAAGGGAAAUAAAAUGGAACCUGAAAAAAAAUGUAUUAAAAUGAACAAGAGUAAAACUGGGAAAUAUUAAAAUAGAAAUUAAUAGACAAAAACACAACAUUUCAAUGAAGCUCUGUUAUAAGAUAUAUCAACGUUGCCAACUUUGAUCAUAAUUUCUACAUGCGAAAGAACUUAGAAUAUUUGACUUUCGUGACAAAAGGGAAGGCAAAACGAUUUCAUGCUUUUUAAAAAACAUAGUUUAUCAAUGAUCUCGUAAUAUACUCAUCAUCAGGUUUAUUAGCAUAUGUGCCGUUUGCAUACCGUUAGUGUAUUCUUACUUUCAGUGAGAGAUUACAGUAUAGUAUAGUAUAGUAUUCCAUUAGUUAUUAACAUUUUAUCAACUAUUCUCAGGUUUUCUGUUACUGUAGUAUUAGAGUCCUGUUCAGAGAAAGAAAUGUAUUACCUGAAGUAUAUUAAAUAUUGUAUGCUGUUUAUAAAGAGUAAUGUCCAUGAAGUACUUAGAGUUAAAGUCAAAAAUAUGUUCUAUUUAUAUAUAAAUGUAUAAUGAUGUCUUGACUACGUUGUUAUCCACUCCUUGUUGUUGACUUCAAACGUCUUUCAGUACAACAAUAUCUUUGUAAUCUCCCUUUGUAAUACAGUUGGUUGAGAGUUUUGUGCACUUACCUUUUAAAAUAUAUUUAUAAUACGAUACUACUUUUGAGAAGCAUUAUGGUUUGAUACAAGUAACCUUUGAACUUAGCACUUUCAAAUUUCAAGAUAUUAUGAAGAACUGAGUUGCAUUAGGUUUUAUUUUUGGCUAUGUGUAUUCAGCACUUCUUCCAAGACACGUGAUCUGGGUGGUAGACUAGAGUUCAUAAGCUAGAGGAAGUGACGUGGUGAGUGCCUGGGCAUUAGCUAUAACCGGAACGAUGUUGACGUCACAGUAGUCCCCCCCCCCCCUCUCUCCAAGCUGUUAAUGCUCACGAAGUGCUAAGUGCUCAUAUCUAUUAAACCCUGGAGUUUAGGAGCUUAGGUAGCAUCCCAUAUUCGGUAUCCCCUUGGAUAAGGCUUAAAGUCGUCCGUGGACAGUCAUAAACAUUUGAGGUACAUCUUGUUGUGUUAUUUAAAUUGCUUUUAUAUAUUUAAUAGAGCGCAUCUUUCAUACUUUUAGCAUGCUCAUUGCGCUAUGGUCCAAUCUCUUUUGUUGACUAGGGCGUAUGGUCCAAUCUCUUUUGUUGACAAGGGGCGUAUGGUCCAAUCUCUUUUGUUGACAAGGGGCGUAUGGUCCAGUCUCUUUUGUUGACAAGGGAGUAUGGUCCAAUCUCUUUUGUUGACAAGGGCGUAUGGUCCAAUCUCUUUUGUUGACAAGGUCCAAUCUCUUUUGUUGACAAGGGCGUAUCGGAGAGAUGGCUUUCGUGAUGCACUCAGCAAACACAAUUCUGCCCUAGUCGGGAUUCGGGCUCCUAGUUAGGUAGCCAAGUGGUUUUGGCCCCUCAGCCACAAAUCCCUUUUUUUUUUUUGGAAAAGGUCAAAGGUUGUACAUUGCCCUUGCCAUCAGACUUAAACUGGUUGAUCUCCACUACCAAAUGAAUACAAGAUGGUUGGUUAUCUUUUGAUUCGCCAAAAGUUUUUUCGCUUUAAUGACUAUGUUUUUGUUUUUAAUUAACAUAUUUAUUUUCUUCACAAUGCUUGACAUUCUUGAUUUAAAAUACGGCGGAUAAUUUGAACUCGCAUGAAACGGAAUUCCAGUUCAUUCGAAUUCACUAAGGGUUGUGGGUUUUUUUAGUCAUUUAAUCAGCUUUUUUGAGCUCAAUUUUUCCCGGCUCCAGUUCAUUCAGAACAGCCGUCGAAACGAGUCUUGCGCAGUAUACCUUUAAUUGACCGAAACAAGCACGCGCUUUUCAUUGCGUUCACCAAUCAUUUAAUUCGCUGCUAUCGAUCUUCUUCUUCUUCUUCGUUCUCAUUGUUAUGUUGGAGCGUUCAGAUGACUAGACCAAUACAUGAGAUGAGCUGCACAGUGGUUUCCAAAUCAGGGAGCUCUCCAUAUAGUUUUCUUUCUAUUGGGGUGAUUUGGGGCCAGUGUCUUGUACGGGCCUCUUGGUAAAGAGAGCAGUUUUGGAGGACGUGAUCGGCAUUCUCUGGUGAUACUCCACAUGGACAGAUUCCAAUUUUGAGGUUUCGGUACAUAUGUUGUCUCAUUCUGUUGUGUCCGGUCCUGAGUCGAAAGAUUAGACGUUGGUCUUGUCGGGAUAGCUUAUAUGCUAUCGAUCGAUUUCUAGCAUCGCACUGUGCGUUUUAAGACAGUAGUUUAUUGUGUUUCUAAAUUUAGACUUGAAAAUGCGCAACUUCUUUUAACUUUAAUAAUUGUAAUUCAAAUCAAGCUUAUUGUAGAAUAAUAUUACAACCAGAAACAGGCAUAAGACAGUGUUCUAGGUCUAUAAAUUGUGUUAGGCAAUUUAUAGGCGUUAAUAAACUAUUCAGCAAGGGUGUGCCUAAUGAGCGACAAAGUUUGUCCACCCCCUCCCCUCUCACCCGACCCCCCAUGUCACAGAACGCUCCAACAAGGCAGCAUGAACUGUGUUGCAAUAAUAAUCACUUCGAUUAGUCUUUAGGACCGUUGGGGCACCACAUAAGAUCUGUUGACAGUCUUUCUUCAUUCCUCUCUUUUGUCUUGAAUAGAACCCUCUUUCAAUUGCAGGCCCAUUCAUUCUUUUAUGUUGCCUUCUCGCUUUUUUUCUGUCUGCCUCUUCUUCUUUGUCCUGGUACUGUUCCCUGAAGGAAGGUCUUGGCAAGAAAUUGCAAUAGAGUUUUAGUUUGUGCAGUUGUUUUAUUUUUACAAUAGUUAGCAGGUCAUCGUGGGGUCCAAUAUAUUUGCUAGAUCUAGAUUAUCUUCUAGGUCCUAAACAGAAUAUUACAGUUGAUUGUUCAAGCUCAGAAUCAUAUGAAGGGAAAGUGGUAAUCUUAUAUCUCUGUUUAUGAAAUACUAUACAGACGUUACUUCAAAAAAGAAGAUGAUUACGUCCUACGCGUGUUUCUAGGUCAUUCUAGCCAUGCAUGUUAACCAAUGACUAAAAUUCUGCCAAAAAAAAAACCUGCCCGAGAUAGGGCAGAUAAUUACGAUAUUUCCGUGAACACUCAGUGAAAAAAAAAAAUGCCCAACAUAAAAUGCGAAUCACUUUCUCGUCUGACGAAGUAAUUUUGUAGAACUCAAUCUUAUUCUGUUAUUAUUUCCCCUGUUGAAACGAAAUCAAACUUUAAGAAUUCGAAUUGAACGGAUUCCAUUGUAGUUUAUGUACUUUAAUUAUUUAUUUGUUGUUGUUUUUUUUUUGCUUGUAUUUUCAUGUUGUUGUUUUUAAGUUUCUCUCAUUUGAAAGCAAUAUAAAACGUAUGUCUCUGAAAAUAAAAGUAUCAGAUGUUCAUUUGGCAUC